AUGGUGGCGCCCCCAUUGCUAACGCCAACAAACGAAACAUGGAGGGAAGGAGAUAUAAUGACUUGGCAUGGAACCGAGCUGGUAAUCGCCAUUUUCCUGCUGGUUGCCGGUAUCUUUGGCAACAGUCUGGUGCUUCAUGUCUACACAUUCCGGCUACCCAGUUCCACCGUUACACUCAUCAAAAGUACCUUGGCUUUUCUCGACCUUAGCGUUAUUGUCGUCACCAAGACGCUCUUCUUCUAUAUGCUCCUGAACCCCAGCAGCCACCUCUACGACGCCAUUUGUGUCUUCACGGCUUUCUUCUCCAUCUGGAACACCGGCUGUGCCGACCUGGUCCUUGUCGUGAUCGCCGUUGACAG